AUGGGUCCCCAUCGCCGAGCUGCACCCCGCCGCCCCCCCACCCCCCCCUCCAAACCCACCGACGGCGCCGACGCCGCCCCGAAAGCGAGCGCCGAGCUGACGUCCCCCCCGCCGGCAUCCCCGUCGCCGCCUGACGGCCCCAAAGCGCCCUCCGGUGCGGGGGAGGCCGAAGCGGGGACCCCCCCUCCGAGCCAGGGGCCGGCCGGGACCCCCCCUCCGAGCCAAGGGGCUGCGGGAGCACCCAAAGGCGACGGCACGGCGCAGCCGGGCGGCACCAAGAGCGGCGCCGACGGCAAACCGGCGGCACAGGACGUCCCCAAAGCCGCCGCCGAGGCCAGGCCGGCGACCGCGGCCUCACCCACGGUCCCCAAAGCCACCGCCGAGGCCACAGCGGUGACCGCAGCAUCGCAGAGCGCCCCCAAAGCCGCCACCGACGCCGCAGCGGUGACCGCGGCAUCGCAGAGCGCCCCCAAAGCCACCGUGGAGGUCAAACCGGCGCUGGCGGCUGUCGCCAAAGAGGCCAAAGCGGUGACGGCAGCGGCGGCUGCCCCCAAAGCCACCGCCGAGGCCAAACCGGCGCCACUGACGUCGCCCACCGUCCCCUGCAGCAGUGCUGAGGCGAAGCCGCUCACCACCGCGUCACCCACAGCCACCAAAGCCACCGCCGAGGCCAAACCGGUGCCGGCAACGGCGUCGCUGACGGCCACCAAAGUCACCGCCGAAGCCAAACCGACACCACCGCCGGCGUCGCCGAGCGUCCCCAAGGUGACCACGGACACCAAAGCGGUGACAGCCACGGCACCCAAAGCCGGCCCUGACGUCAAACCGGCGGUCGCGGUGAGCGCCGAAGCCAAACCGGCACCGCCGCCGCCACCGCAGCAGCUCCCCAAAGCAGCAGCAGCAGCAGCGCCAACCGGCACCGAGCUGAAGCCGGCGACAGCUCCGCCGCACGGCAGCCCCCGAGCCAACAGCCACACGGUGACGGUGACACCGCCGAACGUCCCCAGGGCCGCCGCCGCCACCGUCCCCACCGCCGGCGCCGUCCCCAAGGCCACCACCGGCACCACGCCGGCAGCAGCGCCGCAGCAGCCCGUCCCGAAGGCCGCGCCGGUGACGCCACCAUCGCCACAGCAGGCCGUCCCCAGGGCCGCCACUGCCGCCGCCGCACCGGUGACACCGCAGCAACCCGUCACCAAAGCUGCCACCACCACCAACGCCACGCCGCCGCCGCAGCCCAUCCCCAAAGCUACCACCACCACCACCGCCACGCCGGUGAUGCCACAGCAGCCCAUCCCCAAGGCUGGCACGGACGCGGCGCCGCCACCCGCCGUCCCCAAAGCGCCGUCUGACGGCAGAGCCGCCACCCCCGGCGUCCCCAACGCCGCCACGGACCCCCAGAAGCCACCACCGACCCCGCAGAGCGUCCCCAGCGCCGUCACCGAACCCAAACCGCAGCCCAGAGCGGCGCCGCCACCAUCCAACGAGGCCACGCCGGCGGUGCCAUCACCGUCACCCAACCUCAAGUCGCCAUCGCCCACCAUCCCCAAACCGGUGCCGCUCAUGGCGCUGACACCGCAGCCGGUGACGGCGCAGAUGGUGACCCAACUCGCCGCCACCAAACCGUCCCCGAUCGUCCCCAAAGCGUCCCCAAAGGCACUGAUGACGCCGCCGCCGCCGCCGCCGGGCCUACCGCGGGCUCUGGCGGCCGCCAAGCUGCUGGGCCUGCCUUCCUCCCCCGUGGCUUCGGCCAUGCACGCCAAGGUGACGCCGCGCCCGCUGCCCGCCUCGCCCGUCCCCAUGGCCGCCUCGCCCGCCUCUCUGGGGCCCGACGCCGCCAGGGUGGCCCUGGCGACCAACGCCGCCUCGCCGGGAGCCAAACCGGAGGCGGCCGGGGGGAACGGCACCUUAAUGGCACCCAUGGGGGCUGCUAACACCCAAAUGGCGCCUAUAGGGGCUGCCGGGGCCGCCCAGACAGCGCCUAUGGGGGCUGCUCACACCCACGUGUCACCUAUGGGGGCUGGUGGGGCCACCCAGAUGUCACCUACGGGGGCUGCUAACACCCACAUGUCACCUAUAGGGGCUGGUGGGGCCACCCAGAUGUCACCCAUGGGUGCUGCUAACACCCACAUGUCACCUAUGGGUGCUACCACCACCCAGAUGUCCCCCAUGGGUGCUGCUGCCACCACCCAGCCGUCACCCAUGGGUGCUGCUGCCACCCAGGUGACAGCUACGUCUGCUGGUAACACCAUGCAGGUGUCACCCAUGGGUGCUGCUACCCCCCCUCAGACGCCACCUGUGGGUGCUGCUACCACCCCCCAGCCGUCACCCAUGGGUGCUGUGACCCCCCAGCCGUCACCCAUGGGUGCUGCUAACACCCCCCAGCCAUCACCCAUGGGUGCUGUGACCACCCAGCCGCCCCCCAUGGGUGCUACUAACACCACCCAGCUGCCCCCCAUGGGUGCUUCUACCCCCCAGACGCCCCCCACGGGUGCUGCUACCACCACCCAGUCCCCACCCAUGGGUGCUACCACCACCCAGUCACCCCCCAUGGGUGCUUCUACCCCCCAGGCGCCCCCCACGGUUGCCGGCAGCCCCACCCCCCCCAGCCCCACCGCGCAGACGUCCCCCCAACCUAUGAGCAAAUCCCCCCCUCCGGACCCCCCCAAAGCCCCCUCUGCAGCCGCCCAGACGUCACCCGCAGCCCACGUGGCCAACGCCUCUCCCGGCGUCACCGCGGCGUCGCCGGCACCCAUUGGCGUCACCGAAGCCUCCCCCAGCGCCGACGGCGCCCGGUUGUCACCCGGCCCCACCGCCGCCACCGAUGGCCCCAAAGCGUCCCCUGCGGCCACCGCGGACGUCACCGAAGCGGCCACCGACGUCACCGCGGCCUCUACUGCCGUCCCCGCGGAGGCAGCGCCCGCCAAGGCCAAGCGCAGCUCUUCGUCGUCCUCCUCUUCCUCGUCCUCCUCUUCCUCAUCCUCGUCGUCGUCGUCGUCCUCCUCGUCAGACUCGGAUUCCAGCUCCAGCUCCUCCGAGUCCAACCCCGCCUCCCCCGCCCCCGCCGUGGGGGACGGGCAGCAGCAGAUGACCCCCGGCGCGGCGCAGUCGGUGCCGCCGGUGACGGAAGCGGCGGUGCAGGAGGCGGCUGCGGCGGCGGCAGCGGGAGCGGAACGGGAGGGCCGCCCAACCCGGCGCAAGAAACGCACGCGUAGCUCUUCCUCCUCCUCGUCCUCCUCUUCCUCCUCCUCCUCCUCCUCCUCUUCCUCCUCUUCCUCUUCUUCUUCCUCUUCCUCCUCCUCCAGUUCCUCCUCCAGCUCCUCCUCCUCUUCCUCUUCCUCUUCCUCCUCUUCCUCCACCCCCACUGCCGCCCCCGCUGCCGCCCCGGACCCCGCCCCUUCCUCCUCCCCCACCCCCACCCCCUCCGCAGUCCCCGCCCCUUCCUCCUCCCCGGCCCCGCCUACUUCCGCAUCUGCCCCGCCCACUUCCGCCUCAGACCCCGCCCCCUCCACCCCCGCUCCUGCUGCCACCACCUCCUCUGACUCCGCCCCUGCCUCCUCGGCCACGCCCACCACCGCCACCCCCACCGCCGCCACCACCACCACCACGAGCUCCGCCCCCCGCGCCCCCGGCUCCCUCCUCUCAUUGGCUCCCGCUCGCCCCUCCCUGGCCACGCCCCGCGCUCCCGGCUCCCUAUUGGCCCUCACCCCGACCCGCCCCCCGCGCGGCCCCGCCCGCGCCCCCGGCUCCCUAUUGGCCCUUACCCCGACCCGCGGGGGCGUGGCCUCUCUCGGCUCCUCCCCCCGCGGCCCCUUCCCGCUGCUGAGGGGCGGGGCCACCUUCUCGCGAAGCCCCGCCUCCCCCUUCCUGGCCACGCCCCGAGGGGGCGGAGCCUGCUUCCCUCGUAGCCCUGCCUCCCCCUUCUUGGCCACUCCCUGCCGCGCCGGGGGCGGGGCCUGCUUCGGGGGGGCGGGACGAAUGGGCUUGGGGGGCGGGGCUUGCGCUCACCGCCUCCAAUCCAGCGGCGGCCUUUCGUGCUCCCCACGCUUAAGCUCCGCCUCCUGCCUGCACCGCCUGCAGCAGGGGGGCGGGGCCUGCGGCCGCUUAAGCUCCGCCUCCUGCCUGCACCGCCUGGGCUGCGGGGGGGGCACUCGCCUCACCUCCCCCUGCUGCCACCGCAUGGUGGGCGGAGCCUCCCCGGCCACGCCCCCUCGCUCCCCCUCCCCCUUCGCCGCCACCCCGGCCGGCGUCACCUCCUCCCGCCUCUACCAGUAUGCCCAGUACGGCCACCAGUACUCCUCCUCCUCCCAGUACGGCGCCUACCAAUACGCCCAGUACUCCCAGUACGCCUCCCAGUACUCCUCCACCUCCUCCUCCUCCUCCUCUUCCUCCUCCUCCUCCUCCUCCUCCCAAUACGCCCAAUACGGCGCCAACCAUUACAGCGCCAUGGCGGCGGCGGCCGCUCAAUACGCCGCGGCGGUCCAACAACAACAACAGCAGCAACAACAGCAACAACAGCAGCAACAACAACAGUCGGCCGCCGACCCCUCGCAGUACAGCACCGCCCAAUACGGGGCCGACGCUUCCCAGUACGGCGCCGGCGACGCCGGGGCUCAAUACGCCGCUUGGAGCACCACCGACGGCGGCACCGCGUGGGCUCAGGCGGCCGCCGGCGCUACCAACGCCGCCACCGGCACCGCCACCGGCACCGCAUGGGGGGCCUGGGUGACCCCGGCCCCAUAGGAGCCCACCCGGGGGGGGUUCUUUGCCGCGUCGCUGCGUUGCUGCGUUGCUUUAUAACCCCCCUCCACGCCCCCCUAUACCGCCGCCGUUGCCCCCUUUCGAUCCCCCUCUGAGCCCUCGGUGCAGCGCGGCCCCACGGCGCGGCCCCACGCGGACGGUGUGCGGCCCCACGGCGCCCCCCCCCCGCCCCACACAGCGCCGCCGGCUGCCGCCCCGCGCCGAGGAAAACACCGCAGCCUCUCCCCGGCCCCACGGCGGCCGGCCGGUAGGUGUGGGGCGGCGCCGUGGGGCAGCGCCGUGGGGCAGAGCCGUGGGGUGGAGCCGUGGGGCACGAAGCCCCGCCCCCUUCCCCCCCUCCUCCCCCCCUCACCCCUCAUCUCUUCUCUUUGCAGCUCCCCCGGAGCCGGGCCCCGCCCCCUUUCUCCCCAAACCACGCCCCUUUUCCCUCUAAGCCACGCCCCAUUUCUCCUUAAACCACGCCCAUUUCUCCACAGGCCACACCUCAUUUCCCCCCAAGCCACGCCCAUUCCUCCACAAGCCACGCCCUCGUCUCCCUAAACCACACCCCUUCUCUCUAAACCCCGCCCCCUUUCUUUCUAAACCCCACCCCUUUCUAAACCCCACCCUUCUUUCUAAACCCCGCCCCUUUCUCCCCUAACCCCGCCCCCUUUCCAAACCCCAUUGUCUCUAAUCCCCGCCCCUUCUCUCUAAACCACGCCCCCUUCUAAACCCCGCCCCCUUUCUUUACUACCCCCUUCUCUAAACCCCGCCCCUUCUUCUCAAGCCACGCCCAUUUCCCCCCAGACCCCGCCCCCUUUUCGCCUGUAGCCCCGCCCCCCUCCUUUGGCCCCUCCCCCUUUUCUGUGCGUUUUACAGAUAAAGAGAAAAGGUCGA